AUGUCAGGCGCUGGAGAUGGAGACGACAUUGACUGGAGCCUGAUAGGGCCGCCACCCGACGACGGCCAUGGGCACGAUACACACAAGGGCGAUUUGAGCACAAUUGGGCCAGAGGUUGUGGGCGUCGUCUGGAUGCUGGUCGCGCUCGCCACAAUGUUCCUGGGAGCAAGACUCUAUGCAAAAUUCUCGGCACAUCGAGGCAUGUGGUGGGAUGACCACCUGCUGCUGGCUUCAUGGUUCAUGCUCCUCGGCUAUGUCAUUAUAACAACAUAUGCUGUAUCCAAGGGACUCGGAACCCACGACGGCAGCGGACUCAACGACCCAACCACGUUGCAAUUCCUGACGGCAAUAUCCAUCACGUUUGGCUCCCUCGGGGCGGCCUGGUCGAAGACAUCAUUUGCCAUAACUCUGCUCCGCAUCACGAGCAGGUGGGUAAAAGUUGGCCUGUGGUGCAUCGUUGUGACCCUAAACGUGUUUCUCUUCUUCAAUGCGAUACUGCCAUACGUGUGGUGCACCCCGGCGGCCAAAGGGUGGUCCCCCCUCAUCCAUGGAACCUGUUGGGACCGCAAGAUCACGAUUCGAUAUAGCAUGUUUGCAGCUGGGUACUCGGCCGGAUUAGAUUUCAUCCUCGCCAUCAUUCCCUGGACGGUCAUUAUGAAGUUGAACAUGGCGCUCAAGGAGAAGCUUGGUGUUGCAAUCUGCAUGAGUCUCGCUGUUGUCGCUGGUGUCACGUCCAUUGUGCGCUGUGUCAAUGUGAGGCUUCUUUACGAGGAGGAUUUCACCUUUGAGGCCGGCAUCUUGGCAAUGUGGACGGCUGCCGAGCUCUCAGUCACCAUCAUUGCAGCAUCCAUACCCGUUCUUCGCAUCCUCAUACGCAAUAUCGUCACCCACAAGUCCUAUUCGCAGUCUGGUGGCAAUGGCGAAUUUCAAAACGUCACUCACACAUCCGUCGUCACAAGCUCAAAACGGGGAAUCAAAAGCGGCUUCAGUGAUGCGGACAGCAUCGCAAGCUUGGCUUUACCCAGGCAGCACCCCCGGCAGAUUGUCAAGUUCGAGACCGUCACGGUGGAUUAUGAAAGAAGGUCCGUCAGCCAGGGUGAUGACAUCAACUCAUACGCCUUUGAGAUGGCACACGUGCCUCCUAGGAGACAAAAUAGUGGACGCCAGUUUUAG